AUGGCUAUAAUAACGGACUUACCCAUUGAUGUGAUUAUUAUCAUCUUGUGCAAUAAGAGCAUCAGCUUUAAGGAUAUUAUAAGUUUAGCUCUCUCAUGCAACAAAUUUUACAAUUUAUUAACCACUAAUAAUGAACUUUGGCAGAAGAAAUUUUAUCAGAGAUGGCCUCAUCUAAGAGAAGAAUAUGACGAACAGCUGUGCCUAGAAAAUAAAGGUUUUCUUGAACAAGUAAAAGCAGAGAAUCUGAUUUCACACAAAGAUAUCACGCAAGAAAAUCUUCUUUCAUACCUGCAGUAUUAUCGUUUAAAGAAGAAGGUGCACGAAUUUCUAAAUUAUCCUGAGAAACAACAGAUUUUAGAAAAAGCAGUCUUUAUUGUAGCACAAUGGUAUCAACUCGUGUAUCAACGCCAGAACCAGAAAUAUAUGUCUUACUUGUAUGUGAGUACGUCACUGCAUAAGAUUACAGAGCAGGUAUUGGAGUGCCUUCGAAAUGAAUAUCCUGCGCAUCCAAUAUGCUCAAUAUCAGAAGAGCAGCUUUCUUUUUGGGAAAACAAUAAUAUCGAUGAUAAUCAUUGGAAUAGCAUAGAAGGAAGACAGAUUAUAGAGAGUCUUUGUAAAGUUUUAUAUGAUAAAUUACGUUUUCGUGGAACUGAGAGUAACAUUCUCAAAUACUCUUGCAGAUUAGAUUACGUUUUUAAACAUAAAAUUGGUACCACUGUAAUUCUGGCAACAAUAUAUCAUAGUGUGGCGAGAAGACUUGGAAUACGCUGCGAUAUAAUAUUCCACAAAUUUAAGGAGGAGUUCUUCUUAUGCUGGAGAGCGAAAUAUCAUACCACAAAUCUCAAAGAAGAAGAAUGUUUUGACAUUGAAUUCAUGCGUAAUGAACAAACAGUCGGUACAAAUGACUGUCCUAUAAUUAAUAUUGCAAAAUAUGGUAUUGAUGAAUAUACGAAGAAAAGUCCUGUAGAGCUUUGCUUAUGUCAUAAUCUUUAUUUCAAGGUGAUGACAUAUAUGAAUACUAAUUUGUAUUUAGAAAUUGGUGACGUAGAAAGUGCAACACAAAUGUAUGGGAAAUUACAGAAUCUAAUAAACCAGUACACUUGUAAUUGAAGAACUAGGUCUCAUAUAUGUACAGCAUCAGACGGAUUUAUCCAAUCUCAUAGUUAUGUUGCAGAAGAUUCGGGUACCCUAAUAAAAAUAUUUUUCUGAAAAUUUAACGAAAUUUUGCUGAAAUAUAUUUGAAAAGUUCUCUCAAUUGACCCCAU